AUGGGGAGGUCGAGCGAGGCCCGGAGGUGGAGGCGAGCUCCGUGGGAGCGCCAAUCGGGGAAUCCAGGGCCGACGGGGAGUCCGGCGGAGAGGACGGCACGGAGAUCGGGAGGGAAAGAGAAGCCGAACUCGGCCUCGGCGCGGGCGAACUCCGGGUCGGAUAGACCCGGCUGGACCUGGAUCCCGGAGCUCCGGAGGUGGGUGAUGACUUUGUCGGCGAGGGAGGAGAAGGAGAGGAGGCCGUUGCGGACGGGGAGGGGGACGCCGGAGUUGGCGGUGGAGGAAGCGGCGGCGCGGGCGGAGAGGCGGCGGAGCCCGGCGAUGUGGGCCGGGUUGAGGCCCGUCAUUCGUCGGUCGACGUCGACCAUUGUGGAGUCGGUGGGGAAGAGAUUUAAUGGUAGUCCGCCGGAGAGGGGGGGAAAGCUUGCUAGCGCCGGUGAGCCGUUGGUGAAGUGA